UGGUGGUUCCAGUGUGCUGGCUGCACUGAGCCCGUGUCCGCGGCCGGGCAGCCCGGCCAAGCCCCUUCCCAGAGCGCGGCUGUGCGCCGGCCGGCGCCAUGCUUCUGCUGGGCAUCUUUGCCCUGGCUUUCGCCGGGCCACUCGCUGGCGGCUCUGAGCCAGAGCAGGAGGUAGUCGUCCCCAUCCGACUGGACCCGGACAUCAACGGCCGCCACUACUACCGGGGGGGUCCCGAGGAUUCCGGGGAUCAGGGACUCAUUUUUCAGAUCACAGCUUUUCAGGAGGACUUUUACCUACACCUGACGCCGGAUGCUCAGUUUCUGGCGCCCGCCUUCGCCACUGAGCAUCUGGGAGUCCCCCUCCCGGGGCUCACCGGGAGCUCUUCAGACCUGCGACGCUGCUUCUACUCCGGGGACGUGAACGCAGAGCCCGACUCGUUCGCCGCUGUGAGCCUGUGCGGGGGGCUACGCGGAGCCUUCGGCUACCGAGGCGCCGAGUAUGUCAUUAGCCCGCUGCCCAACGCGAGCGCGCCGGGGGCGCAGCGCAACAGCCAGGGCGCACACCUUCUGCAGCGCCGAGGUACCCUCGGCGGUCCUUCCGGAGACCCCACGUCUCGCUGCGGGGUGGCCUCAGGCUGGAACCCUGCCAUCCUGCGGGCCCUGGACCCUUACAAGCCGCAGCGGGCGCGCGUGGGGGAGAAUCGCAGCCGGCGCAGGUCCGGGCGCGCCAAGCGCUUCGUGUCUAUCCCGCGGUACGUGGAGACGCUGGUGGUGGCGGACGAGUCAAUGGUCAAGUUCCACCGCGAGGACUUGGAACAUUAUCUGCUGACACUGCUGGCCACGGCGGCGCGACUCUACCGCCACCCCAGCAUCCUCAACCCCAUCAACAUCGUCGUGGUCAAGGUGCUGCUUCUCGGGGACCGUGACACCGGGCCCAAGGUCACGGGCAACGCGGCCCUGACUCUGCGCAACUUCUGCGCCUGGCAGAAGAAGCUGAACAAAGUGAGUGACAAGCACCCUGAGUACUGGGACACCGCCAUCCUCUUCACCAGGCAGGACCUGUGUGGAGCCACCACGUGCGACACGCUGGGCAUGGCCGACGUGGGCACCAUGUGCGACCCCAAGAGAAGCUGCUCUGUCAUCGAGGAUGAUGGGCUCCCGUCAGCCUUCACCACCGCCCACGAGCUGGGCCACGUCUUCAACAUGCCCCACGACAACGUGAAGGUGUGCGAGGAGGUGUUUGGGAAGCUCCGAGCCAACCACAUGAUGUCCCCGACCCUCAUCCAGAUCGACCGCGCCAACCCCUGGUCCGCCUGCAGCGCUGCCAUUGUCACCGACUUCCUGGACAGUGGGCACGGCGACUGCCUCCUGGACCAGCCCAGCAAGCCCAUCUCCCUGCCCGAGGACCUGCCGGGUGCCAGCUACACCCUGAGCCAGCAGUGUGAGCUGGCCUUUGGCGUGGGCUCCAAGCCCUGUCCUUACAUGCAGUACUGCACCAAGCUGUGGUGCACCGGCAAGGCCAAGGGGCAGAUGGUGUGCCAGACCCGCCACUUCCCCUGGGCAGACGGCACCAGCUGUGGCGAGGGCAAGUUCUGCCUCAAGGGGGCCUGCGUGGAGAGACACAACCUCAGCAAGUACAGGGUGGACGGCUCCUGGGCCAAAUGGGAGGCCUACGGGCCCUGCUCGCGCACCUGUGGCGGGGGUGUGCAGCUGGCCCGGAGGCAGUGCAGCAGCCCCACCCCUGCCAACGGGGGCAAGUACUGCGAGGGAGUGAGGGUGAAAUACCGAUCCUGCAACCUGGAGCCCUGCCCCAGCUCAGCCUCUGGAAAGAGCUUCCGGGAGGAGCAGUGUGAGGCUUUCAAUGGCUACAACCACAGCACUAACCGGCUCACUCUCGCCGUGGCCUGGGUGCCCAAGUACUCAGGCGUGUCUCCCCGGGACAAGUGCAAGCUCAUCUGCCGAGCCAACGGCACCGGCUACUUCUAUGUGCUGGCACCCAAGGUGGUGGACGGUACGCCGUGUACUCCUGACUCUACCUCCGUCUGUGUCCAAGGCAAGUGCAUCAAGGCUGGCUGCGACGGCAACCUGGGCUCCAAGAAGAGGUUUGACAAGUGUGGGGUGUGCGGGGGAGACAACAAGAGCUGCAAGAAGGUGACCGGAGUCUUCACCAAGCCCAUGCACGGCUACAACUUCGUGGUGGCCAUCCCUGCAGGCGCCUCGAGCAUCGACAUCCGCCAGCGCGGCUACAAGGGGCUGAUUGGGGACGACAACUACCUGGCCCUGAAGAACAGCCAAGGCAAGUACCUGCUCAACGGGCACUUCGUGGUGUCGGCGGUGGAGCGGGACCUGGUGGUGAAGGGCAGCCUGCUGCGCUACAGCGGCACGGGCACGGCGGUGGAGAGCCUGCAGGCUUCGGGGCCCAUCCUGGAGCCCCUGACCGUGGAGGUCCUCUCCGUGGGGAAGAUGACGCCACCCCGGGUCCGCUACUCCUUCUAUCUGCCCAAAGAGCCUCAGGAGGACAAGUCCUCCCACCCCAAGGACCCCCGGGGCCCCUCUGUGCUGCACAACAGCGUCCUCAGCCUCUCCAACCAGGUGGAGCAGCCGGAUGACAGACCCCCGGCGCGCUGGGUGGCCGGCAGCUGGGGGCCCUGCUCUGUGAGCUGUGGCAGUGGCCUGCAGAGGCGGGCCGUGGACUGCCGCGGCUCCCCCGGGCAGCGCGUGGCCUCUGCCUGCGAGGCAGCCCACCGGCCAGUGGAGACGCGGGCCUGUGGGGAGCCCUGCCCGACCUGGGAGCUCGGUGCCUGGUCGCACUGCUCCAAGAGCUGUGGCCGGGGAUUUAAGAGGCGUCCACUCAAGUGUGUGGGCCACGGAGGCCGGCUGCUGGCCCGGGACCAGUGCAACCUGCGCCGCAAGCCCCAGGAACUAGACUUCUGCAGCUUGAGACCAUGCUGAGUGGGGCGCCCCUUUCUCCCCCUCACUCUCUGCCCCACUGGUGUGCUGGUUCCAGCCAGCUGGAGCAGUGGGCAGAGGAUGGUGGCCAGGGGCUCACGCCACGACGUCACCCACAUCCAGGGACAAGGACCGUGGGCUGGGGUGAGAGGUUCCCUCAUCCUCCUGGCCUGGCCGGGGGAGCUAACCAAUGCACAGUCUACCUCAGGCCCGCUCCGCCGGGCCCAGUUGCCGGGAGAGGUGCAGGUGCUGGCAGAGGUGCUGAGGCCCAGUUUCCGAGGGACCUGGAGGAUGGGCACCUCCCAGGCAGUACUUCAGGGACCCCGUCUGGGAUGUACAGGCUGCUGGAAGAGCCAUGGCCCAGCAGCUCAGCACCCUUGGGCAGCCCCGGAGCUCUGAGCCGUCUCUGAACAAGGCAGGGUUUUCAUGGUGCUUUUAGCCCACUUUUCUUUGCUGACGGACACGGACUGAACAGUGAAAACUGGCCGGGUGGGAUGGAGCCGAAGGGAGAGUGAGGUCCGGUGGCACUGGAGCUGGCCACUGCGUUUGGGAAGAGGUGGGUGAGCCCAGGGAGUCCCGCGAUUUCUCAUCUUCUACUCUUGACCCUCCCUUAAGGAUCAGCCUCUCCUCCCUCUCAUGUCCAGGCCUUAGGACUGGUGGGAAGACGGCCACUUAGGUGUCCUCCCAGCUCUGCAGGGAGGAAGUCAGCAGGGAGCAGCCGCCUUCUUUAAGAGAGAGCCGCCAUGACAAAAGACGCUGACGCUUAGAAGGUGAUGGAUUCUGUGGCUGAGGCAGGGAGUUUGAGGAAAGAUCUGGAGUGUUCUGCUGUCCCUGGAGUUAGGGUGGUAGAUGGUGAGCUGUGGGCCUGGCUUUGGGGGGUAUCACUAUGGAUAGGGAGGAGGAGGUGCCGGUUCUAAUGAUUUCCUCCUCCAGAGAGGCAGGUAUAAACGAGGCUGGUGCUGUAGGCUCUGCGUUGCUGCGGAGAACCCCCAAAGUGGCCACAGUCCUGUACCUACCGCAAGGGGACGUGCCUUGGAGGGCCAAGUGCUGACGUGCCUGCAAACGCGUCUCCAUCCCGACAGCCACUGCGGUCUGCUUCAGGCACGUCACGCUGCAUCCUCCCCAGGCCUUGGAGAUGGGGUUCACUGUUCGCUACCUCAGAUUAUUCUCUCUGGGAACCCACCCCUGUCCCUCCCCCGGGACAGUAGCGCCCUGGUCCUUUCACCACACCCAGCUGUCAUCUUCAUAGACUGAACUGCUGCUCCGCCCCAGAGAGAAGUACGUGAGCUCAGCUUCCUGCUCCCACAGCCUGGCCACCUGCUGGGGCCCCAGACAUGAAGACAGGGUCUCUCUCUUCAGGUUUCUUGGGAGCAGGUUUCAGGAGGCACCAAGAAUCAAUGACUUGACCCAGGGGAACUGCCAGAGACUUGUCUGUCUUCUAGAUCUGGCAGGGGAGUAGAAACCCGGACAUUUCCUAUCGCUCCAAGUGGGGAGAUACUUUGAGAUUAGAGCUCCUUUGGCCAAGCAGGGUAUUUCUUGAAGGUGCAGAUCCCAGUGUGGACAUGGGACAUUUUUCUUCUGAGUGUAGGUCAUGAGUCCAGGAUCUCAGUGGAGAACUUCACUGAGAUAACUUCAAAGCAUGUGUCUUCCUUGGGGGGUGAGGGGUGGG